AAUAGAUAAGGUCUUCUUCACACUUCGUCCUUCAUUCAUCCAUUAGAUGUUGAAAUCUGAUAAUUGAUGAACGAGAAGGGCUUGUGGAAAUAAACAAUAUUAAAAAAAGGGCUUUACUUCUUUUUGCUAUAUUCUGUUCCGAAUAAGCUGAAGUCUGCGAGGUGCCAUGUCGUUCAAUGGAGGUGAAGAUUUUGACUACUCGGCGUACGAGGUUGAUUUGGCUAAUGCGAUGGAUGAUGAGAUGUUUGGGGAUUCCUUUGGUAGAGAUAGAGUUGAGGAUAAAAAUGAUUAUGAGCUGCUCACUAGGGAGACAGAUACAUCCUCUGCACAAGCAAGAAAAGGGAAGGAUAUCCAAGGCAUUCCAUGGGACAAAUUACAUAUAAGCCGGCAAGCUUAUAGAUGGACCAGAAUAGAACAAUACAAAAAUUAUGAGAAUGUUCCAUCUUCAGGGAUUGACAUGGACAAGAAAUGCAAGCAGGCGGAGAAAGGCAGCAAUUAUUAUGAGUUUCGGUUCAAUACAAGAGUGGUGAAGCCAACAAUUCAUCAUUUUCAGUUGAGGAAUUUGGUAUGGGCUACUUCCAAGCACGACGUCUAUUUUAUGUCAAAUUCCUCGGUUAUUCAUUGGUCUGCAACAUCUUGCAAUUUGUCGGAGGUCCUCAAUUUUUCAGGACAUGUUGCUCCGAAAGAGAAAUACCCUGGUAGUUUGAUGGAAGGAUUUUCACGAACUCAAAUUAGUACACUUGCAGUAAAGGACAAUCUUCUAGUUGCAGGAGGUUUUCAAGGAGAGCUAACGUGCAAGCUCUUGGAUAGGCCUGGGGUUAGCUUUUGCACCAGAACGACCUUUGAUGACAAUGCAAUAACCAACUCCAUUGAUAUAUUCAAAGAUCUUAGUGGUACUGUCCGGUUUAUGGCAUCCAACAAUGAUAGCAGCGUUCGGGAAUAUGACACGGAGAGGUUUCAGCUCCUGAACCAUUUUCGGUUUCCUUGGCCUGUAAAUCAUACAUCCAUAAGCCCAGACAGGAAGCUUGUUGCAGUUGUUGGCGACUGCUGCGAUGGUUUGCUGGUGGAUUCGCAGAACGGGAAGACUGUGGCAACCUUUUCCGGACACUUGGAUUUCUCAUUUGCCUCUGCCUGGCAUCCCGACGGUCUGACCUUUGCGACGGGGAAUCAGGAUAGAACGUGCCGGGUAUGGGAUGUUCGAAACCUUUCAUCAUCGUUGGCUAUUCUCAAAGGCAAUCUGGGUGCGGUUCGGUCGAUCAGGUACUCCUCGGACGGGCAGUUCAUCAUCAUCGCAGAACCUGCAGACUUUGUUCACAUCUAUAGCACCAAAGCUGAUUACAAGAGGAGGCAGGAGCUGGACUUCUUUGGGGAGAUUUCAGGGGUCGCGCUGAGUCCAGAUGAUGAAUCUUUGUUCAUAGGAGUAUGGGACAGGGUUUAUGCCAGCUUAUUACAGUACAGCAUGCGGCACAAAUUCGGUUAUCUAACCGCAUUUAUGUAAUGCUUAUUGUAUGUGUGCUGUUGUGUUAUCGGCCAAUGAGUGGCUAAGCUGCCUUUUGUUGUUGAAUGAGCAAAUGGGAGGGGUGAUUGAAGAGGUCAUAACUACGCUUGUAUAUAGGUGACUAAAGUGGAAUGUUGGAUUUUUAUCUUU